CUACCCCCUCACUGAAUCAUUGGUGCGUCCUGCAGCACGUGGGCUUGGAAACGUCACACCUGAGUGCUGUCCAUACUAAGCCGUACGUAAACAUCGCAACCCAAGAUGAUGCAGCUGCCCGUUAACUUGAUAGGGUGAUAGACUGAAAAGGGAAAGUGGGUUUUAAUGGCAUGAAGCCAGAACUAGAGACCAAAGGAGAUUUUAACCUGUGUUAAAGAUGAGCAAUAAUCACAGUUGCCCUUCUCACCUAGGUCUGGUAGAUUGUCUUUCAAAGACAUUUCUCUGGAGUUUCCUACGGGUAUGACAGAGGUUUGAGACACUACAGGACCAUGUGGAGGUUUGAUGCUAUGGAGUCCUGCAGUUGCUUGUGUUCCCAUGCUAUAAAUAUGAAAGGGAUGAACAUGCUAUAGACAAAAACCCAAGGCUGUGACCGUUAAUCUUUUAAAGAAUUUGCUUCCCAGACAUAAUGGUUCCCCGUAUCCUCUCUACCACAACAGGUAGCAGUAUAACCGAAAUAACAAAUGGCUGAAGAAGAGGAAACUCUAGCUUUCUCCUGUUCUCUACUCAGGUUUCCUGUCCUGGUUUCGCAAUGGCUUGCUGGCAACCGGCGUCGGAGUAAUUUCUUAUGUUCAGAGCGACAUGGGACGAGAGGCAGCUUAUGGUUUCUUCAUUCUCGGCGGGAUUUGCGUCUCUUACGGCAGCGCCUCCUACCUUGUCAGCCUCUUCCUCCUCCGCCGCACCAUGAUGCUUGCUUUCUCCACGGCCCUGCUGAACGGCACGGUGGUCACAACGGUGGCGCUGUUCUGGCUGUGUGCCAUCUCCCUCUACAUCGGUCGCCUUGAGGUUGAGAUCAUACAGGAGGACAGUAGUGAUGAAUGCCAGGACUCAAAAAAGGAUGAUGGGAAGUCGGACGAGUAAAGACCAAGGUCCUGGGGAAUUUUGCUGCUUUCAUGAUGGUCAUUUAGAAUGUUCUCCAGCACGCUCAGUGGACUGAGUUUUAAUGCAAUAGAUACAGCGCCCACGGGCUGUCCUGCCCACAGUGUCCAAGGGCACAAAGAAAGGGCAGCUUUAUUGUAAAUAAGACACUGUUGGCUGCUUUAUAUUUAUUUAACAUUUUCCAGAUUGGCAGUGGGAAUUAGUAUUAGAAAAAUUGGAUCAUCAAACAGAAAUAUGGCUGCAGGAGACCCUGCUGUGGUAGCAAAUGGAUUGGUGGGACGGCUUCCCAGCUGGGAGCUUGCGUUGCUGUCAAAAUGGAUCUCUGAUGCUUUUAAAGAACUGGCUGUCCAUUGAGAUCCUGUGCUCCCGUCUCCCACAUACAUCCCAUGCCUGUUCUGCCACGUAUGCAGAAGCUGGAAAUUUUAAGCCAAAUUCAGCUGAUGCUCCCUAGAAAUGUUGAAUCGCAACGGUAUCCCAUGGAGCCCGAUCCUGCUGCCCCGGCGUACGUUGUAAAGUUAGCACAUCCCAUUGAGGUUACUCACAAUGCCUCUUGAGCCCAUUUUACAUCCAGAUCAGUUAAUGUUUGUAUUAAAAACAUCAAA